AUGCGGACUACAUUACGACUUCUGGCAUCUAUUUCGCAGAACCAGCCUUCCAAGCUUAAAAAACCGACUAUUGGCCUUGAUCAUUUCAUUCAAAGACAGCGGGUUCUUGCCUUUUGGCGCGAGAUAGUCAGAGCCUUGAAUUCAAUCCCCAAUUCACCAACUCGCGAGGAGCUGCGCAAUUAUGCUCGCAACGAGUUUGAGCGCCAUCGAGAUGUGACAGACCUGCAACAUAUUCGAUACCUGCUUUCAACUGGCAAAGCGGAGUUCGAAACAAUGAGGAGAUACAUUGACGAGCAGAUUGCCGGUUGA